UCUCAUUUUGUAUUAUUUCUUUUUAUCCAUAUAAUUUUAAUUUUUUCUAGUUGAUCUGAUUCAUUUGCAUGUAAUUUUUCUAUUGGGAAGGAAAAAUUAGGAAAGUAAUUCAGAAGUCAAUAUAGAUCAUAUAUGGAGUAUUUUUUUUAAUAUAACCCAGAAACAAAAUCAUUAUAAUCUGAUGAGUUUCUUUUUGGGUAGUCAUCAAAUCAUUUUAAAAUAGAACUUUGCAUAUCAAGAUUCAAGAAUUUUUUUUUCCCUUCAUAUUAUCUUUUUGUUUUUCAAAAAUUCUUGAAAUCCAGCAACUGUACCCUGGGAUAGGGCUUCCUCAUCUUCACUAGAACUGGUGUAAAUGCUUGUAUGUGCUUCAGUCUAGACCUGAUUAAUGAAUGCUGCAGCUGAUAAAGUGAACUUACAAAACCAACUUACCAAGUUUUUAUUUGUUCUGCUAAAAAAUUUCCCAGUUUUUGAUUUAUUCCUGAGAAAAAAAUCUUCUAGGAAGAAAGUCAUAGAAAGUGAUCCUUAAUUUCAGUAAGAAGGAUUAAUUGAAUUCUGGUGAUAACCACACUGAAGUUGCCUCUCCAUGCCUGAUAAUCUUUCUAUCAUGUUUAGGAAUUUUCGUACCAAAUGGGAUGGAACAAUUUCCCCCAUUUGCAGUGCGAUUAUAGGGAAUUUGACUGAAUUAUUUUUCAUGGUGGAGUUGAGCUGUAUGAUUCUAUGCAAAAAAUUGGGGCAAAUCAAUAUUGUGGUUAUAUACUUUAUAUUUUCACAGGAAUUAUUUAUCUGUGAAUGUUUUGGUUGCAGAAAGCCUACAUGUCUCUGUUUCUUGAAAUCUUGCGGUGUGUUCUUUGUUGUGUUGAAGAUCGUAGAGAUGAAAAUGAUGAUGAAACAUAUUAUGUAAACACUUCAUGGGAACCAAGGGUGUCAAGAAGUAUUGUUCCUUUUAAUUUCAGGGCAAUAUUUGGUUCAAGGUCAAGUAAUUCAGCAAAAAAUGGAUCCACAUAUGUUAACUCAGUGGAAAGAAUAUAUGAUGUAUCUGGUAGUUCAAAGAGUUACAGAAAUUAUGUACCUAUACUUUCCUAUAUUCCAGAAGCAUCUUCCUCUUGGCUGACACAAUCUCCAUCCAAAGAAGCCGCAUAUUCUUCAAGUCCAACUCCAUCAAGACCUAAACCCCCAGCAUCUUCUUCUUACCAACCUCAAUCGCUAACAAGGGAUAUAACUUCUUCUAAACCAUCUCUUCUCUCUCCUGCACCUCCAAUUUCAUCAAAAUCAUCCCCCCAGGCACCUAAACUCCCACUAUCUUCGAACCAAGCCCAACCUUCAUUAAAACCAUCCCCAGUCUCUCUUACAGCUCCAACUUCUUCAUUAAAACCAUCCCCUCAAGCACCUUCAACUUCUUCUAAGCCAUCUCCAUUAUUCUCUGUAACUACAGCAUCUUCUUCCAAAACUAAUCCUAAAGCAUCUCCUUCUUCCUUGGGCCCUUCUGCAUCAUCAUCCAAGCCACCACCGACUUUUAAGCCAACUCUAACUCCAGCUUCUGCAUAUGUCAUCAAAAGCAGUCAAAAGCCACCUAUUCCUGAAUUCCAAAAAUCCUAUUCUGAACCAUCUCCAUCACCCUCUGAGCCCCUUCCAUCUUUUAAGCCAACACUGGCUCCAGCUUCCUCAAGUGUCACUAGUCGACAGACAAAAGCCAACUAUGUAUUAGUUCAAAAGGGUACAUCACCUAUUUAUAUGAUUCCCAAGGAUAUAAAAGAUUUGAUCAAGAACGACAAGGUGCCUGGAGUUCUGAAAAAACCAUUGUCUAUGUCAACAUAUAAGGAUUAUUUUGCUGCUCUUCUUUAUGCUGAAGACUUCUAUAUUGAGAAAUGGAGUGAAUUCAAAUUGGAGAAUAUCACAUUAAAGUUGCAACAAGCAUCAAUCUUUAAACUGUCAUACUUCACAGAGAAUCAUGAGAAGAAUAAUAAAACCUUUGUGACAUUUGAGAUUGACUCGUGUCGUGAGAAGCGGCCAUUUCUUUUAUCAAGGGACUUUAUCUUUGCAAGACCUUCAGGAAAUAAAACUGAGCCAUUUCAGGGUGUUAUCUAUCGAGUGGUGAGGAGCACAACUGUGCUAGUUGAAUUCGGUGAAGAUUUUUAUGCUCAGCAUCAUCUAUCUCGCAGAUAUGAUGUUAGCUUCUGAUUUAACAGAGUUUGUUUAAAAAGGGCUCAUCAAGCAGUUGAAGCCGCUUCAGAUCCUUUAUUUAAAAGUUACAUUUUCCCUGAUUGUGACUUCAGAAAGAGACACUCUGCAUCAUCAACUGCCUAUUUUAGUUAUGAACUUGAUGCAGAUCAAACAUCCGCGGUUUGUCAGAUCCUAACCUUUCAGGGGCCACCACCUUAUCUCAUUGAGGGCCCACUCUGUGUAACUAAACCAAAAAGGUAUGAAUGUAAACAACUAUCAAACACUGGAUUGGUUAUCCAAGAAGCAGUGCUUGAAAUUUAUAGAAGCUCUCAAAAGCACCGAGUUCUUUUAUGUGCACCUAUUAACAGCACAUGUGAUUUGCUGACAAGAAGCUUGAAGAAGCACAUUCCUGAAUCGGAAAUGUUUCGAGCUAAUGCUGCAUUUCGAGAGAUAGAUGGGGUGCCUACUGAUAUCCUUCCUUCAUGUAUUUAUGAAGGUGAAUGUUUUUCUUGUCCUCGUCUUCAGGAACUCCGGAAAUAUAGAGUAAUAUUGUCAACUUAUGUGAGUAGCUUCCGACUAUGUAAUGAAGGCAUUGCUGCUGGACAUUUUAGUCACAUUUUCUUGGUGGAUGCCUCAUCAGCUACUGAGCCUGAGGCAAUGGUGGCACUGGCUAAUUUGGCUAAUGAGAAAACUGCUGUAAUAGUCACUGGUGCACCGGGAAACCAUUCAGGUUGGGUCCGCUCUGAUAUUGCUAGGAAAAAUGGAUUGAUGGAUUCAUACUUUGAAAGACUUCGCAAGAGAAAUCCAUACAAAAGACUAGAUUCAAUGUUUAUCACAAAGUUGGACAGCGUCGAGCGCAAAUCAGAUGAUACAGAUAGCUUUCAGUCAUUCUCCUUCUAUUAAUUUGCUCUUUCAUAAACGGCAGCAGUGUCUCCCAACUCUUAACAUUUUGGAUCUUUUAGUUCUUUUUGUGUUGUGUCUUUCAAUGCAUGUGUAAAAUCCAUGGAGUCUGCUGUAAGUUGCUUACCACUUGCUUGCGGAUAUAAUGCUUAUAUAGUUUUUGCA